UGCCGCUCGCGCGGUUUGUGAUGAACCUUUUCCUAUUCAUAUAAAAACACACGUUAGUUGCAAUUACCUCAACAUACCAAGUACAUAACGUAGAAGACAACUCACAGCCAUGGCUACGACGACCGACUCAGAACACCAUCGCGACCUGAUCCUCGUCUCCAACCGACUGCCGCUGUCCGUGUCCAAAGAAAAUGGAACCUACAAGACCAGCCUGUCCAGCGGGGGCUUGGUCACUGCGCUCUCGGGGCUCUCCAAAUCCAUGAAUUUCCGGUGGAUCGGGUGGCCUGGGAUCAGCAUUAAGGACGAGGAGGAGCAGAAGCAGGCGUCGCAAUCGCUGGCAGAGAACGGUGCCAUGGGGAUCUUUCUCGAUGCGCAGUUGGCUCAUGAUCAUUACAAUGGGUUCUCGAACUCCAUCCUCUGGCCAAUCAUGCACUAUCAAUCCGGGAUAAACUUCAACGAAGAAGCCUGGACAGCCUACCAGCGCGUCAACGAGAUCUUCGCCGAUACAGUCGCCGCAGAAGCGAAACCCAACGACUUGAUCUGGAUCCACGACUAUCACCUGCUGCUACUGCCGUCGCUGCUGCGCGAGCGUCUCGAAAAGCAGGGCAAACGCUGCGCAAUCGGGUUCAGCCUGCACACACCGUUCCCAGCGGAAGACUUCUGGAGGGGUCUUCCUGUGCAUGCGGACUUGCUCCGCGGCGUGCUGGCGAGUGAUGUGAUUGGGUUCCAUACUUGCGAGUAUCGGAGGAAUUUUGUCGGGGGGUGUGCGCGUAGCAUAGGCGCCACAGUAAAAGGCGAAGACCACGUCACAUACGCCGGGCACGACACCUACGUGGGAACAUUCAUCGUGGGCAUCGACCCUCAGAAAUUCAGCGACUCGCGACUCGACCCGUGUGUACAAAAGCGGAUCAAGACCCUCGAAGAAGAAUACAAGGGCAAGACGGUCAUUGUCGGGGUGGACAGACUGGACCACACGAAAGGACUGGUGCAGAAACUGGAAGGUUACGGGGGCUUCCUGAAGCAACACCCCGAGCUAAGCAACAAAGUCACUCUGAUCCAGGUGGCCAUCCCGAGUCGCGAAGAUGUCAAGGAGUAUCAGAAUCUUGCGGACGAGGUGAAUACUCUUGUGGGGAGGAUCGAUGGGACGUAUGCAACCCCCGACGGUACACCCCUCGUCUACAUGCACCGCUCCGUCUCGUUCACAGAAUUGACAGCUCUGUACUGCAUUGCGGAUAUCUGCCUGCUGACCUCCCACCGAGACGGCAUGAACCUCGUGGCGUCGGAGUACGUCGCAUGCCAGGAAGACCGACACGGCGUGCUGGUCUUGUCGGAGCUGGCGGGGGCGGCGGCGUUCAUGAAGACCGGGGGCAUCAUCUUCCAUCCGUCGCGCGUGCGGGAGAUGUCGGACGCGAUCUAUCAGGCCGUUACGAUGGAUGCAGAAGAGCGGGAGAGAAGACAUAAGCAGUUGAUUGAGUUUGUCACCACGCAUACGAGUGCGAAAUGGGGAGAGAGUUUCAUCUGCGCGCUGGAGGAGCAUGGUCAGUGUUAAAAUCACUUUUGAAUUGUUUAUUGCAUGGAGUUCGGUAUCAAGCGCGUUUUCAUAGCAGCCUCGUUAACAAUCUGCAUAUCGGAAAUCU